AUGGCUUCACUAGCAACCUUUGCCGCGGCCCAGCCCACCACCGUUAAGGGCCUCGCCGGAAGUUCCUUCGCUGGGACUAAGCUCCACGUCAGACCAUCUCGUUUGAGCUUCAAACCUAGUAACAACCGAGCUGGUGCAGUGGUCGCAAAAUAUGGUGACAAGAGCGUGUACUUCGAUUUAGAGGAUAUCGGCAACACCACCGGCCAAUGGGAUUUGUACGGUUCAGAUGCACCUUCACCAUACAACUCUCUUCAGAGCAAAUUCUUUGAAACAUUUGCUGCUCCUUUCACAAAAAGAGGUCUAUUGUUGAAAUUCUUGAUAUUGGGAGGCGGGGCCACCCUCGCUUAUGUCAGCUCUCAGGCCACCGGAGAUGUUCUCCCCAUCGUCAAGGGCCCGCAACUCCCACCCAAGCCCGGCCCGCGUGGAAAAAUCUAA